ACCUCUCAAUUCUCAAAAAUUAAAAAAGAAAAAAAUCUCCAGAAGAAAAAAGUAGGUGGUGGUAAUAGUGUGGAGGGAGUAUAAAAGAGAAAAACAUCGAAGAUUUUUUGUUUUUUUUGAAAUAAUUACCAAAAUUUUCAAUUUUUGAUAUUCGCUAGUGGUUUUCCGAGGUGAAAUUGGUGGUUUUCCGGGCGGUUUUAGAACAUGGGGAGGUCCGGGAAUGGUCAGCGGAGUUAUUCCGUAAACGCGAAUGAUUAUAAGCUUCUUGAAGAAGUUGGAUUUGGUGCAAGUGCAACUGUUUUUCGAGCGAUUUAUGUUCCGUAUAGUGAAGUUGUUGCUAUCAAAUGUUUGGAUCUUGAUCGAUGCAAUAGUAAUUUGGAUGACAUUAGGAGAGAGGCACAAAUGAUGAGUUUGAUUGAUCAUCCAAAUGUUGUCAGAGCAUAUUGCUCAUUUGUUGUGGAGCGACAUCUCUGGGUUGUAAUGCCAUUCAUGGCUGAAGGCUCUUGCCUACACUUGAUGAAGAUAGCAUAUCCUGAUGGGUUUGAGGAACCAGCAAUUUGUUCUAUCUUGAAAGAAACGCUAAAGGCUUUGGAGUAUCUUCAUCGACAUGGACAUAUCCAUCGGGAUGUGAAGGCUGGGAACAUUCUACUUGAUACUAAUGGUCUUGUGAAGCUUGCUGAUUUUGGUGUCUCUGCUUGCAUGUUCGACAGUGGUGAUAGGCAGCGUUCAAGAAAUACAUUUGUUGGAACUCCUUGCUGGAUGGCUCCUGAGGUGUUGCAACCAGGAAGUGGAUAUAACUUUAAGGCUGACAUUUGGUCAUUUGGAAUAACUGCUUUAGAGUUAGCUCAUGGUCAUGCACCCUUCUCAAAAUAUCCUCCGAUGAAAGUUCUGCUUAUGACUAUACAGAACGCUCCUCCAGGACUUGACUAUGAUCGUGACAAGAAGUUUUCAAAGUCAUUUAAAGAAAUGGUUGCAAUGUGUCUGGUGAAAGAUCAAGCAAAGCGGCCUACUGCUGAGAAGCUACUCAAACAUUCUUUCUUCAAACAUGCUAAGCCACCUGAGCUUUCUGUGAAGAAAUUAUUUGCAGACUUGCCGCCACUAUGGGAUCGCGUGAAGGCUUUGGAGUGUAAAGAUGCUGCUCAACUUGCCCUUAAGAGAAUGCCUUCAGCAGAACAAGAGGCUAUAUCACAGAAUGAGUACAAGAGAGGUGUUAGUGCCUGGAACUUUGAUGUUGAGGACUUGAAAGCGCAGGCUGCUCUAGUGCAAGAUGAUGAUGGUUUCACAGACAUCAAGGAAGCUGAUGAAAGUGUAAAAUCUGCUCAUAGCAGUAAGGAUGCAUCAGAUGCUGGAUCUGUUUCAGGAAGAAACAUUCCCCUCAACGAUAUUGUUCACAGAGAACAAGUCAAUAGUGAUGCUGCUGCUGUAUUACCAACUGAAGGUACAAUCAGUAGGUUCAGAACUGGAAUUGAGUUAUCAGAUUCUUUUAGUCAUGGAAAAAGUAUUCUGGAUAAAGAUGGGUUAGAUGUCGAAUCUGCGGCACCGUCUUUUGAGACAGAAACAGCACAAGUGAAGGCUAACUCUCAAGCUGUGAGAGGUCGUCAAAGUCAGAGUGGGCCACUCACGCCUGGAAUUGUGCUCGGACAGACAUCCAUGGAAAGAGGUCGUGUCUCUGAAAGGCCUGAGAAUGAAAAUCAAUCAACAGCAGAGAAAAGUAACCGAGGUACACGUAGGGCACCAAGCUUUAGUGGUCCACUGAUGUUACCAACACGAGCUUCGGCAAAUAGUUUGUCAGCGCCCAUUAAAUCUUCAGGAGGUUACAAAGAUUCUUUAGACGAAAAAUCAAAGGCUAAUCUGGUUCAAAUAAAGGGCCGCUUCUCUGUAACAUCAGAGAGUCUAGAUGUUGUUAAGGAUAUGACAUCAUCUACAUCUCGGAGAUCUUCACAGGGCUCACCUUUAAGGAAGUCAGCGAGUGUUGGCGACUGGAUCUCUGAAUCUAAGCAAACUAUAACCAAUCAAGCAAACAGAGAAACAGGCAGUGGUAAUGUGUCCGCUUCACUUCUCUUGCCUCAUCUUCAAAAUCUAUUUCAACAGACUGCAAUCCAGCAGGAUCUGAUAAUGAGCUUGUUAAACAGCUUCCAAUCAUCUGAAGUUGAUGGCUGUCAAAAUGGAAAGCUUCCGGCCAUACCGUUACCUGGUGGUCUAGAAAAUGGAAAUGUUGAAGCUGUUGCUUCAGAAAGGGAACAAUUGCUUCUUGAUAAGAUAUCAGACCUUCAAACUAGGAUGGCUAAUUUGUCUGAAGAAUUGAAUACUGAGAAACAAAAAUAUUUGCUGUUGCAACAACAGAUAAAUACCGUCUCCCGUCGACAAGAAGAUGACGAGGAGUGAAGCGGUCCCUUGAGGAGAAAGCUCUAGUUUCUUGUACAGUUCGAUUAUAGUGUAUAUUCUGGUAAGAUAUAUUGAGUUUACCGACCUAUCCUUUAACUCAACCCAAUCCUUCGUUUUGGUGAAUAUAAAGAUGAAAGAGCUGCUGGUCCUCCUUUCUGGAUCUGGAUAUAUCUAAGGUUUUUUUUCACAGAUACCCCGAGUUCUUGGAAAAGUGACGAUGAUGACAACAGUUAUUGAUCAUAAUUAUAAUUCUUUUCUUGAUUAUUUGUCCAAGAACUAAAAUGGGAUCUGUUCCGGUAACGUUUCAGACUGCGAGGAGUUUGUACAGGCUUUAUCGAAUACUCUGGGGUAGUAUUGUUUUUUUAUUUUUAUUAAAACUUCUAUUUAUAUCUUCAAUGAUUUGAGUAACAUCGUAAUGAACGGUUUCAGUAAGCAUUAUAUUUAAUGCUAAUCGGGUUUAGAAUAAGUUCCGAUUGGUGAUCUGUAUCUUACAAUUUUAUUUUAAUACCAUUGUUCUUGACUGUUACUCUA